GGCGGGAGCGGCGGCUCUGCGCGCGCGGCGCGGGGAGGAGGGAGAGGGAGGAGGCGGAGGAGAGAGAGGGAGGGAGGGAGGGAAGGAGGGCGGGAGGGGGCUGCCGCCGGCGGGGGCUAACAAAGGGCGAGGCGAGCGCUGGGGCUGGGACAGCGCGGGGAGGGAGGGAGGGCAGCCGGCGGCGGCGGCGGCCCCACCACCAUGCCGCGGGUUGUCCCCGACCAGCGGAGCAAGUUCGAGAACGAGGAGUUCUUCAGGAAGCUGAGCCGCGAGUGCGAGAUUAAAUACACCGGCUUCAGGGACCGGCCCCAUGAGGAGAGGCAGGCCCGCUUCCAGAACGCCUGCCGCGACGGCCGCUCCGAGAUCGCUUUUGUGGCCACAGGAACCAAUCUGUCUCUCCAGUUUUUUCCGGCCAGCUGGCAGGGGGAGCAGCGACAGACACCGACCCGGGAAUAUGUCGACUUUGAAAGAGAAGGAGGCAAGGUGUAUUUGAAGGCACCGAUGAUUCUCAAUGGUGUCUGUGUAAUCUGGAAAGGCUGGAUAGAUCUACAGAGACUGGAUGGUAUGGGCUGCCUGGAAUUUGAUGAAGAGAGAGCCCAGCAGGAGGAUGCAUUGGCACAACAAGCCUUUGAAGAAGCUCGGCGAAGAACUCGUGAGUUCGAGGAUAGAGACAGGUCUCAUCGGGAGGAAAUGGAGGUGAGGGUUUCACAGCUGCUGUCAGUAACUGGCAAGAAGACAACAAGACCCUAGUCCUGGGUCUAACCUGGGAAGUGGCGACGAUCUCAAACUACGUUAAUCAACAGCAGCAGGCGUACCGUGGGUCUGCACACAUGCAUUGCUUCUACUUGGCAACGGAUUUAAUAAAAGACCAGAAACUGUGAUAACUGGGUAUACUAUGGUCUGUUUCCUGACCUGCGGCAGUCAAAAUCACCCUGAACUGCCAUGGUUUGCACUAUGUUUAUGUUACAAUACCUGCAUUUCCCAUUUUAAGCAUGUAGCCAGUGGCAAUUUGAAAUUUUGUUUUUCUAUGCAAACUUAUUUUUGUUGGCACUAUUUUAGUGAAAUGGAAACUUAUGCAGCUAUAAAACCGUGUUUCUCAACUGUAAUAAAAAUUGUCACUUAAAAAUAGGUCAAGAUAUUACAGAUUUAAAACUCCUUUUGUUUUUAUUAUUUUUUUUUUUGUAAACUGCUGGAAGCCAAUGCAUUCCAAGCUUAACUUUUUUAAUAUGGGCUUUUGGAAUUUUGAUUGUCCUUAUUGUGCUCCUGCUUUAUUUUAGAUACGCAUUCUUAUCUUUCUCUCAGUUUCCUUUUUUUUUUUUUCCUAAAUUUGCAAGACCUUCUUAAAACUGCUGACAUUAUUUUGCAUUAUUUCCAAGCUAAACCCAGUGAAUCAGAGCUGUUGGAAUCGCUUUUCGAACUUUAGUGGGUUUGUGAACGUUACAGUUGCAGUAUUCUUUUAACUGCUAACAACUCAUUGGUUCCACUUUUUAAAUGAUAAAAUCUUAAAAGGUGUAUUUUCAUGCAUUAAUGCAGUCUGGCUCAGUAUCUGUCUUAGAUUUUAUUCUGUAACAAGUGAGUUUGGGUGGUUGUUAUCCCCCUGUAUAUAGUACGUUACUGAAGCUCCUAGGAAGUCGCAGGCUGGCUUCUGUUUUAUUCAGGGAUUUUUUUUAAAUAGUUCUUAAAAGGGAUACUGCAACUCUACAAUCAGAUUCAACAGCGUGUUCAGCUGGGAACAGAAGUGAUCAGCCGCCAAGGUGAUAUGUAUUAAAUCACGUUUAAGAUAGCUGCUUUAAGUAUAUUUUAUAUCUUAGGCUUUUUGUAAAGUUGUGCUGAAUGGUGAAAAGUUGAGAUGAGGUUGUGUGCAGAAAAUCUCAUACUGUGCAUAGGACACUUCUAAUAAAUCUUAUGCAAAUUAAGACUACAUUGCAGUAUAUAUUGCAUUUUCUAACAGGGUAAGAUUUGGGAUGAGUUAAUCUAUGUGAAUUAUCUUGUUUUGUUUGGGGUGAUGGUGAAUGGACUCGUUCCAAAUUUAUCAUUGCGUCCAAUAUUUGAAGAAAAUUGAUUAGGAAUGUGGUGUCAUUUGGCUUUGUUAAAAUGUGAUGCUUCCUGUACCGCCUGGUUAAUUAAAAUGUCACUUAAAUACCUUUUUAAAAGAGGUGAUCUGAUUUCGAUAUUUUAAGAAUGAUUUUGAAUGUAAAACAGUGUAUGGUUAGAACAGUUAAAUCUCUCUUAAAAUCUAUAAUUAAGGUAAUUACAUUCCUUAUUAAUGGCAAAACAAUAGAUGCAAAAGAGGUCUUGCAAAAAUGUAAACAGAUGUCAAUGUGAAGGAGAAUCUUUGUUUGUUAAUAAUAUGAAUAUUUAACAUUCACUUUAAAAUAUCAACUCUGAACUGUGAGUGUCAUCAAAUAGAAAUAUUUUGAUACUUCAAUUUAAAUGUGAUUCACCUGAAAGAACCUUUUUCACUCUGUGCCCACGUAUUCUUCUUGCUCCUCUUCCCCCAGAAAGUCAUUUUUCUGAAGUGUUUCUGCAAUGAGUUAUUUAAGGGGCGCACGCACGCAUCCCGGGCCUCGGAUCUUCUCUGCCAUCUGUGUAUUUUUGAUGGAAUAGUCUGAAGAUUUAUUUUAAAAUGUUUUCCUAGCGUUUCAGACAGUGGUUUAAAACCAUAAGUACACAGAAAAUUAUGCUAUCAGAUAUUAACAUUGCUAUCUUUGUGUAAAUACUGAAUUUUCCCUAUCAUCAUUUAGCAUUCUGCUGCUUUCUAUAUCUUAAUGCUGGCAUUAAGAUCACAAGCCCUUACCCUCUGCUGGUUAGUGCAGACUUUUUAAAGUGCAUUUUAAGUUAUUGAUGCAAUUUGAUAUUUUUCAUAAUUUCUAUUUAAACUGAAGUUGCAUCAUCUUUUCUUGAAUUCAUCUCCUGUAAGAGUUGCCUUAAGCUACAGGAUUGCUUUUGCUACUUUUUGUGUUGUACGUUUACCUUUCAUAAUAAACUUCUGUGUAGUGAAAACAAA